CCGGAUGGAGGAGGCGGAGACGCGCCGUUGCCAUGGCAGCCGGGUCCCGGCUGCUGUGGCAGCAGGUGCUGGGGUCUCCCUCGCCUCAUUGUCAGAGCUUAGAAAGAGGAGGAGAGAACUUCCCGGGCCAUCUUUGUGACCCCAGCCGCUGCGUCUUACACAGAUUUUAAACAAGCAUGUUUUAAGAAGUAUGAGCAUUAUUCUUUAACAAACGGAAAAUGGAUGAAAAUAAAGAUAGUGAUUCGAAGGACAGUGGAGACUAUGAAGACGACUUUGAAAAAGACCUGGAGUGGCUAAUUAAUGAAAAAGAAAAAAGUGCCAGCAUAAUAGAGAUGGCUUGUGGGAAUGAAGAGAAUAUUAACCAAGAUUUAAAAGAGAAUGAAACAGAAAUCGAACAGAGCAACCAGCUUUCUGAUCCUGACAAAUCUUUGAAGGAUGAAGUAUCACCAAGAAGAAAUGACUUCAUUUCUGUACCAAGUAUUCAACCUUUGGAUCCCAUAUCAGAUUCAGACAGUGAAAACUCUUUACAGGAAUCCAGACUGGAAAGCCAGCAAGACCUGGAGGAGGAAGAGGAUGAAGAAGUAAGGAGAUAUAUUAUGGAGAAAAUUAUACAAGCCAACAAACUUCUACAAAAUGAAGAACCUGUGAAUAAUAAAAGGGAACGAAAACUUAAGUUCAAGGACAAAUUAGUUGAUUUGGAAGUUCCUCCUCUUGAAGACACUGAUACUUACAAAAAUUAUUUUGAAAAUGAAAGUAAUAUGUCUGGAAAACUGUCACAGUUACAUAUUUCCAAUGAAUUUGGGCAAGAAAAUGUGCUCCUGUCACUCACUGAUGGAAAUGGUGAAGAAAACAAGGAUAGGAAAAUACUAGUAGAGAGAGAUGGAAAGUUUGAACUUCUGAAUUUACAAGACAUUGAGAGUCAGGGAUUUUUGCCCCCCAUUAAUAAUGUUAAUAGUACAGAUAAUGAACCUCAACAGUUGUCACCCAGAUCUUCCAAUUCAUCUGUCAGUGGAGUCAAGAAGGAAGAGCCAAUAGCAAAGAGUCAUGCUAUUUCUCACUCAUCAACGGAAGAGCCGCUGGCUUACAUCCCUCAGCCACCACCCAACCCCAAGACUCAUCCAGACUCUGCUGCCAACUCAGAUAGAAGUAAGGGGAAUGGAAAAUCUAAUCACAGGACACAGUCUGCAAAUAUAUCUCCCGUGACCUCAACAUAUUGUCUUUCUCCUCGACAGAAGGAACUGCAAAAACGGUUAGAACAAAAGAGAGAAAAGCUAAAGAGAGAGGAAGAACAAAGGAGAAUAGAAGAAGAGAAAGAAAAGAAAAAAGAGAAUGACAUGGUGUUUAAAGCAUGGUUGCAGAAGAAGAGAGAGCAGGUUAUAGAAAUGAGGAGAAUUCAGCGAGCAAAGCAAAUUGAAGACAUGAGCAGUAGAGAAAACAGAGAUCCACAGCAAGCUUUUCGAUUAUGGCUUAAAAAAAAGCAUGAAGAACAGUUGAAAGAAAGAAAGACGGAAGAACUACGAAAGCAAGAGGAAUGCUUAUUCUUCCUUAAGGGAACAGAAGGCCGUGAGAGGGCCUUUAAGCAAUGGCUAAGAAGGAAACGGAUAGAAAAACUAGUGGAGCAACAAGCUGUCAAAGAAAGAACUAGACAGCUCCGGCUAGAAGCAAAGCGUUCUAAACAGUUACAGCACCAGCUGUGUGAUAUGUCAGAUGCCAGAUCUUUUCGUUUUACUGAUCACUACAACUGAAGGUAUCUAUUAAAUACUUCAUUUGGAAGCUGCUAUCCUUAAAAUUUUGGAUAUCAUUUCUUGUGGACUGUGUGCUUUGGUCAUACCCUAAAUUAUGGUAAUGCUGUUUAUCUUUUGGUAAUGUUGAUGGUGAAUUUAUCUAAUUUUUUUAAUAAUAGAGGAAAAUAAAUUUCUUCUCUCACAGUGUCGUAA